UUUUGAUUUACAGCGCCACCAAGAAUUGCCAAAUGAAGGGCCAUACCUUGAUGAGAAGGGCAGUUCUUCUCCCCCUUUUCAUUCUCUUCUCCUUAAGCCAUGCAGAACAAUCACAACCCAUUUCUGAUGUACCCAAAAUGGAAGAGCUUACCAACACAAGCCAUCAAUGGAGCAAUCUCCAGAAGGUGUUCCAAGAAAUUCAACUGAAAUUUUCGCCUCCUAUUGUGAGAGCAGCAGUGUUGUGCUUCAUAGCUGCAUCUAUAUCCAGUGCUGGUGGGAUUGGAGGUGGUGGGCUGUUCGUUCCCAUAUUGGCUAUAGUGGGGGGUCUAGACCUCAAAACAGCAUCAACAUUCUCAGCAUUCAUGGUUGCAGGAGGGUCAACUGCUAAUAUCUUGUGCACCAUGUUCAUCAAUUGCAUUCAUGGUGGUAAGAGUGUCAUUGAUUUUGAUAUAGCACUUUUAUCAGAGCCAUGCUUGUUACUGGGUGUGAGUAUUGGAGUAGUCUGCAACAUUGUCUUCCCAGAGUGGCUGAUUACCAUACUGUUUGUAGUUUUCCUUUCUUGGACCACCUCUAAAACAUGUAGAAAAGGGGUGGUGUCUUGGAAAUUGGAGUCAGAGGUGAUAAGAAGAAAUGGGCUUGGAGAAUUGGAAAAUGGGGUGAGGAGAGAUGAGAGUAAUGGUGAGAAUGAAGUGAUCAAAAGCCUUAAAGAGCCUCUUAUGGGUGAGGUAGAGAACUUCAAAAUCAGUAUCCCAUGGACGAAAUUUGGGGCGCUUCUUGUAAUUUGGUUGUCUUUCUUCCUUCUCUAUAUUCUUCGUGGUGACAGAGAUGGGCAGAGCAUUAUACCAAUGGAGCCUUGUGGGGAGGGAUAUUGGAUCCUCUCAUCACUCCAAUUUCCUCUUGCCAUAACGUUUACUGCUUGGAUCCUACACAGAAGAGAAACUUCCAACCAGCAGGAGAUACUAGGCCAAACUGGGGAAAAACCACCAAACCUUAUUUUCCCAAUAAUGGCUCUACUAGCAGGGAUUUUGGGUGGAGUUUUUGGGAUUGGAGGUGGAAUGCUUAUAAGCCCACUUCUUCUUCACAUUGGAAUACCCCCGGAGGUAACAGCCGCCACAUGUUCUGUGAUGGUUUUCUUCUCAUCAACCAUGUCAUCAUUUCAGUACUUGUUGAUAGGGAUGGAGCACAAAGAGGUGGCCCUCAUCUUUGCCAUUAUCUGCUUCUUUGCAUCAAUCCUUGGAGUGGUGGUGGUACAGAGAGCCAUUGAGAAAUAUGGUAGGGCCUCCCUCAUUGUAUUCUCUGUCAGUACAGUGAUGGCACUGAGUACUGUUCUGAUAACCAGCUUUGGGGCUAUUGAUGUUUGGAGAGACUAUGCCAGGGGAGAAUAUAUGGGGUUCAAGCUUCCCUGUUAAAUGCAAUUUUGUAAAUGAGGUUAGCAAAUGUGUACAAUUAUCUAAGUAGGAUUGUGAGUGCCAAGACAUCUGGUCUUGGGCAUUUAAUUUCGAGUUUAUAA